UGACAACACCUCGCCUUGAGCCCUUGCCGAUCAUUUCUUCUUCGUUCUUAGCAUUCGGGCAAUUCACAAGACAAAAGGUCCCAAUACCCACUGGCCUUCGGAAGCCUCGGUAGGCCUCCCACAAAUCGACACUGAUGGCUCUACGGAUAAGAUUACACUCAGAUCCUGUCCAGGAACCCAAUUGGACAAUUGUGUCUUCGGGAUCAGCAACCCAGGGAACAAGGACCCGAAAUAAAUACUGGGUUUCAGCUAAAAAUCAGGGAUUUUCCGCGUCGGUACCCGUUCCGCGGGUACUAAAAUGGAUCCAUGUCCGCGCUAUGACUUUGAGAUAUUCGAUCGGGUCGCACCAAAAUCUCCGUUGUCCUGCGACGAGGUGGAGGAUCUAACAUGCAGGAUGCUGAACAAAGAAGGUGGCUAUGGACUUUAACAAGGAUAUCAGGAAUAAUUUCCCUUUCUCUUGUCAAACCUCGGCUGCAGGAAGAAGGAAGGGGAAUCUGUCAGGGAUUGGCUUUUCGGGUAAACGUUGGCCGAUGGCACAUAGAGAGAAUGAGGCGAACCAGGCAGGUUAAAUAUGCACCUGGACCUCGUCGAUCCUUUAUCUAGAAAGGGUCUUUGAUCCAAGGGUCCAAGUUGUGUUUUGCAUUUGCACGUGGUUUCUCAUAAUGCAUUUCUCAAGUAAAGCGUUUGCCGCACUGGCAGCUUGGAGCACCGCUGUCACAUGUGCGACAACUCCUUUCGCUCGUAGCGAUGCUAUUGGGACAUGUUCUGAAGACCUGAGCCAGCUUGGUAAGAAGUUAUCCAAGUCGGCUAAAGUCUACUGUCCAGGAUCUGCCGAGUUUGAGAAAGCUACCACUCGUUGGUCUGUUCUCGAUGCUCCUAAGGUCAAUAUAGUUGUCGUUCCUGGUACAGAGAAGGAUGUUGCCACGACUGUUAAAUAUGCCAACUCCAAGAGUCUUCCUUUCCUCGCCUACAACACUGCUCAUGGAGCCAUCACCACUUUGGGUCGCAUGGACCAUGGUAUUGAGAUCUAUCUCAGCCAGCUGAACAAGGUCAAGGUCGCUGCUGACGGCAAGACGGUUACUAUUGGUGGCGGUACAAGGUCCAAAGAAGUCACCGACACACUUUGGGCUGCCAACAAGCAAACCGUGACCGGAACAUGCGAGUGCGUUAGCUAUAUGGGUCCAGGCCUCGGUGGUGGACAUGGCUGGCUCCAAGGCCAUCACGGUAUCAUCGCAGAUCAGUGGGUCUCGCUCAACAUUGUCUUGGCUGAUGGAUCGUUCAAGACCAUCGAUAAGAAGUCCGAUCUUUGGUGGGCCCUUAAGGGUGCUGGUCACAACUUUGGUAUUGUGACAUCCAUCACUUCCAAGGUGUAUGAAAUCCAGCACCGAGACUGGGCCAUCGAGACACUUGUCUUCAGUGGCGAGCACGUUGAGAAGUUGUAUCAUACCGCCAAUGAGCAUCUUCUUCGAAAGCAGCCUGAGGGCGUCAUCAACUGGUCUUACUGGGUCCACGACCCUACAGCGGACCCCGAAAACCCUGUCAUUCUCUUCUGGCUCAUCCAGGAAGGUGUGAAGAGCAUUGAUCCCAAGAUCUCAAAGCCUUUCCACGAUCUGAAACCCAUUGCCAUCUCUCCUGAGUCCGGAGACUACCGCGAUCUUGCCAGGUGGACACAAAUCGAUGUCGAUGCUGUCCCCUGCCAGAAGAAUGGUCUUGUCAACCCUCGUUUCCCUCUAUACCUCAAGGAGUACAAUGUCGCCGCCAUGAAGAACGCAUGGAGCCUUUUCGCCAAAGAAACAGGUCCUGAUACUCCUUUCAACACUUCUAUCUUCAUGUUUGAGGGUUACUCCACCCAGGCCGUCCGAGGCACUAAUGCCAAGAGUGCUGCUUUCGCCUUCCGUCAGGAAAACAUCCUCACUGCUCCCUUGAUCACAUACAAACCUGGGGAUACUGAGCUUGACAAGAAGGCCGCCUCUGUUGGUAAUGAGUUGCGUCAUAUUCUCCACAGAGCUUCUGGCCAGUAUCACAUGAGCGUCUAUGUUAACUACGCUUUUGGCAACGAAGAUCCCAUCAGCUGGUAUGGAAAGGAGAACUGGCGGCAAGAGCGUUUGAAGAGUUUGAAGAAUAAGUAUGAUCCCAAGGGAAAGUUCAGCUUCUUCGGUCCUGUGGCAUAAGAGGCGACUUGCCGUAUUCAGAAGUUGAGGCGCCGUCCCCAUAUCGCCGUCCAUUUAUAAACCAUAUUUAAUCUUACAUAGAAUCCAUUCAUUCAUCUUAUACGAGUCACUGCUGUUGUUGAUUGUCUGUAUUAUUAAUGUACCUAUGUUUCUCUUACCAUGGAUGGAGCCAGCGGCUUCGACGUGCUUUUCUGCUAGCCUGCGGCCAUG